AUGGCACCAACACUUGAAGCAUGGCGACUCGAGCUCAUUCGCGACAUGACCCAAGACUUUAAGCAGUAUACUAACGCGCAGAUUGCUGAAGCUGCCCAUUGUACCCCACGAUCAAUCAGCACUGCCCGCUCGAACCUACGAUGCUUUGGAAAUGUUAGGGCCUCUACUAACGGUAUUGGACGACGGCGGACGAUCACCCCACCUAUGCUUGAGGCUCUCUGUGAGCGCCUCCUCAAAAAGCCGGACUUAUAUCAGGAUGAAAUGGUGGUGUUCUUGUGGGAUGAGUUCCGCAUUCUUGUCACUAUACAUAGCAUUAGCAGAGCGCUCGUAUCGGUGGGAUGGUCUAAGAAGGCUGCAAGGCGGAUAGCGAGGGGGCGAAAUAUUGAACUACGAGACUAUUAUCUUCACACCAUCUUGUCUUUCCGAUCCUAUCACCUGGUGUAUGUGGAGGAGUCGGGCUGUGAUAAAAGAUCGGGCUUCAGACGGACUGGGUGGUCUCUACUAGGAGUGACACCCUGUGUCGAUGUAGUUGUAUCAAGGGAGAAAAGCGCGAAAGGCCAUUUCCGACAUGCAGGCUGGAAUAUCGACGAGCCGUGA